GCAUUAUAUUGGACAACUCUCAUCUGGCCCCACUACAUCCAAUCUUAUUUUCCCUUCCUUCCUCAGCAGAGAAGUUUCUGAGGGUCAGGAAGGAGAAUCUGUACCUAACUCCUUGAACACCAAAGGAGGAAUCUUGGGAAACUAAAAUGAGGCACAAUCAGAUGUGUUGUGAGACACCACCUACUGUCACUGUUCAUGUAAAAUCAGGGUCAAAUAGAUCACAUCAGCCUAAAAAACCCAUUAAUCUGAAGCGUCCUAUUUUUAAAGAUAGUUGGCAAGCAUCUGAAAAAAAUGCACAUAGUAACAACAAAUCUAAACGUCCCAAAGGACCUUGUCUAGUUAUACAGCGUCAGGAAAUGACUGCUUUCUUUAAAUUAUUUGAUGACGAUUUAAUUCAAGAUUUCUUAUGGAUGGACUGCUGCUGUAAAAUUGCAGACAAGUAUCUUUUGGCUAUGACCUUUGUUUAUUUCAAGAGGGCUAAAUUUACUAUAAAUGAGCACACCAGGCUAAAUUUCUUUAUUGCUCUGUAUCUCGCAAAUACAGUUGAAGAAGAUGAAGAAGAAUCGAAGUAUGAAAUUUUUCCAUGGGCUUUAGGAAAAAACUGGAGAAAAUUGUUCCCUGAUUUCUUAAAGUUAAGGGACCAACUCUGGGAUAGAAUUGACUAUAGGGCUAUUGUAAGCAGGCGAUGCUGUGAGGAGGUUAUGGCCAUUGCACCAACCCAUUAUAUAUGGCAGCGAGAACGCUCCGUGCAUCACAGUGGAGCUGUGAGAAACUACAACAGAGAGGAAGUUCAACUGCCCCGGGGCCCUAGUGCCACACCAGUAGAUUGUUCACUCUGUGGCAAAAAAGGAAGAUAUGUUAGACUGGGAUUGUCUUCAUCAUCAUCUUCAUCCAGUGGUACAGCAGAAGUGAUGGAAAAACAUUCUCAGGAAUCACACAACUUAUUCUCAAUGGACAAAGCAGUUGAUCCUUCUCAAGCUGAUAGCUAUUCUCAAGUAGUCAAUGAUCAUCAAUCAAACAAAGAAAAGAAAACUAAUUUCAUGGAGAAAGACAAAUCCAUGGAGUGGUUUACAGGAAGUGAAGAGUGAGAUGGUUCAACUAAACUUGGAAUCAGUAACUGCAAAAUGUCAAACUAACUGCAAGACAAGUGUCAAAAUGGGACAUUUAAGCAAUUUUGCAAUGUCAUACAUCUUUAUUUAGCUUUGGUUAGUUUUCAAAGUAAUAUGUAAAAGUUAUACAAAUGAUAGUAAUAGCUAAAAAUACCAAUUUAUGAAAGUAGUGAUUUGCAACAUAAAGUUCUAUUUUGGUACUUUCCAGUCUUCAAUUCAGUUGCUGUCAUCUGGAGUAUUCAGUUAAGUUGUGGUUUGAACUUCCUCAACUUAACAAGAAAAGCUAAUUUAAGAAGGGAAAAAGUAAGGUCAAUACAAUAAUUAGAAGAAAAACAUCAUUUAAUAAUGCUUGAAAACAUUACUCACCUGUGUGACCAGUUUGCCAAUGUAUAGGUCUAGCAAUAUAGGGAAAUGAUCCAUAUGGAAAAUCAGAAUGUGAUUCUUCUGGUAUAAAAUAAAAUAUAUACUGUAAACUAAAUAAAAUUUUUAUAAUUUGUUCACAAAAACUGUUAAAAUACAAACUACUGCCUCUACUGUCAGUUUUUUCUCCCAUCUUUUUCCAGCAUUUGUUUUGGAGCUACUCUGCCAGUUAUCUUACAUAAACAAUUUGUUAAUGUUACAUAAUAAAAUUAUACAUAAAUAUAAUCAAAGAGAUAAGUCCAUAUCAUAAAUCAAUGGCUAUCUGAAAACUUGUUCAUGGCCUAGAUAAUGUGUACAUACAAAGACAUAAAUUUAGUUCUUUGAAGAAUUCCAGCAAUAUCUUAGAAGUUGUUUUUUGGAAUAUUAGCUGUUUGCAUAUUAGGUCCUAUUAAAUUCAUUUCCUUAGUAAUACUCACUGAUCUAAAUUAAAACAUUCCUUAGAAUAUUUAAAGUGUUUAACAAUCUAAGCUCCUCCUUAGAAACAAGUAAAAUAUGAAUAUUAUAAGAAGCUCAGUUCUUCAGAGGUAUCAGUUUACAUAAAAGGCAGGAAAAGUCAUUAUUUUGUCCCUUACACAUUUUAAUAUAACAGAAUAAAUACUACAUUUCAAGGGAAUAUUUUUAAAAUGUAUUGGUCAAAACACCCAUUCUCCAUU